CACCAUGUAUUCACCGACGCGAAGAUUCGCCAUGUUCCAUGCCUGGUCGCCGCUGCGGCCGCUGGGGCCGUUGGCGGCGUCGCGAUCUGCGGGACUGGCCGCGGGAGAAGUGCCGAGUUCACGCGGCUUUUCGAGCAAAGGAUACAGGAUCCGUCGGGUUCGGUAUCCAUGGAAGACGGAAGUACAAAAAAUGACAUGGGAGCUGCUGAAGCAGGACAUGGUGUCGUACUUCCAAAACGUCCCGGAACGCGACUCCACAGUGCACAUCCGGGCAGAUCCAUGGCCCAGGUUCACCAUGAAGGAGUUUCUGCUGGAAAAGGACCUCCUUCCUGGAGUGAUUUCCAAGUAUGGACCCAAUCGAAAGGUGACCUUCAACAAGAACGAGAUGGAAGCGAUUGCUUUCGACGAACCCAAUGGCCACUUGUCCAACCUCUUCAAGGGCCGACUUUUUCGUGUUUACAUCGGCAAGUGGAUCGAGGAAUGCGUGGUUACUGAUGUCUCCACUCAUCCAGUGGAGCAGGAGUUGAUGUUUGUUCGCUUCGACCGGCACAUUCCGGGACGCAUGACAGUGGUGCCGAUCCCCGUGUCCAUCUCGGGCCUUUGGGGCUGUCCUGGCUAUCGGAAGGGCGGCCAUGUGGAGGUGGCGCUACCCACAGUGAACUGUGAGGUGGUUGGCGAGAAAAUCCCGCCACCGCUGGUGGUGGACGUGAGCCAGCUCCACCUGGAGCAGCCCUUUGGCAAAAUCACCCUGCGCGACAUGCUGCCGCUGCUGCCGCCAGACGGCACGGUGCGCUUCUCACGGGACUACAGCAUGGACGAAGAGGUCAUUACCUGCUACGAUCCCAAAGCCUUGGGAGAAGUGCCGCUGCCUCACGACUGGCAAGAUCCCAAUUUCAAUCACCGGGGCGGUCGAUAUCACCUCACGUACACUGGUUUCUGGCCCAAACAGACUACUCGAUCAUAGCGGCUACCCCACUUUUCUCAGAGAGCCGUCCAAGAUGAUGAAUGGAACCAGCAUCCUUGAGGAAUUUAUAGCAACACUUAAAGAUGAUAAACAGUUGGAACAUAUCCUACUCAGAUACUGGCAGUGUUAC